GAAAAAAUCAACUCUACUCAAAAAGGUCAAUUACAAAAUGACCAUGUUUUAUUAGUUUGUUUGAGGUUUGAUGUUUCUCCUGUACAAAAACGAAAAGAGUAACAGCAGAGAAAUUUGAGUACAAUGGCGACGGAGGGAAAAUUGAAGACGAGUGAAGUGGAGACCCAACUCCUCCAAAAGGUCUCCGACACUAUCUCCGCCAUCACAACUGCUAAACACGUCGACGACGUCGUUUUAGCUCUUCAUUCCCUCUCUCUACUCAUUUUUCCCAUUGAUACUUCUUCCCUUUCAGGGGUCAUUUCACAGAAAUACAGAAAUCAGCUCAAUGAAGCGGAAGUUGCCUCUUCGAGCGAGGGGAGGAAUCAGCGGUGGGAAGUCUUCUAUAAAGGAAUUUCUUUUCCUACAUUAGCUCGAUUUUUGAUUCAUGAUGUUGCUUCCAAUUGGCUAUCUUGCUUCCCUCUGACAGCGAGGAAAUUGGUUUAUGAUGUAUUUUUUGUGAAGGGUUUCAUUAUUGAAGUUGUUCAAGCCUUGGUUCCUUCUUUAGACCACAAUGCUAAUGCUGCAAGAUCAAAUGCUGAAAGAUUAGUUGAACUCUGCUUGUUAGAAGAUGAAGGUGCACUUCAGCUGGCUAAGGAACUUGGUGUUUACCAAUCUGAAGAUACCGUUGGCUCUUUUGUCAAUCCGAUAGUGUCUAGAGUGGCUCAGCUUGUCGCAUCUGUUCCUGACAAGAUACGGCUAGGAGCUCCUAAAUCUCUUUCUUCUCAUUUAUUCUUCAAGAGCGUCGCUACUCAGCUUCUGUAUGGAGCAGAAGAAAUAAGCUGCAAGUUACAUGGUAAAGAAGUUUUAUUUCGUGGCACUGAUGUGGAUGGUACCUUCCAGUUUGUUGCAGAAAUGCUUACUCGGAUUUGUCGGCGUGGAUCAGCUGACUUGCUAAUAAAUGAGGUGAUUCCACGAAUUCAUCGACAUGUACAAAACUUUUUAAUGUCCCAUAAGGGCACAAUCACUGAGAACAGUUUCAAGUCAGACCCCAGCUUUCAGUUCUGGUUCUUAAUGAUCGAAAUAAUUAAAGAUACAUAUGUCGUGGAGAAAAUGACUGAGGAAAUCUUGCAUCAGCUGGUAGUUAAAUGUGCAAACGACACUGAAGCAUAUUGGAUAUUAUGGAUACUGUUUCAUCGGUCAUUCCAACAUCAAACAACAGUCAGGCUCAUGUUUGUUGAGAAAUUUUUAUUCUUGAAAGUAUUUCCUCUCUGUUGCUUGAGAUGGAUACUUCAGUUUGCUGUUUUUGGUUGCGCUUCUGAUGAUGGCAAGUUGAAAAAGUGUGAAAACAAUAAUGUAUUGUUGGAAACUAUCCAACGGGCUGUACCAGUGUGGUCCAAACGAGAAUUUGUGCAAUCGGCUCCGUUGGAGCAACAAGUGUAUGUAACUGCUGUAGUAGGUCUUUUGCUGGAGAAUAUGUCAAAGGAAGAGCUAGACUCGACUAAAAGUGUUAUGCGCUCAAUUCUUGAAGGAGUUAGCUGUAGACUGGAGAACCCUGAUGACUUAGUCAGAAAAAUGGCUAGCAAUAUCGCACUUGUUUUUUCAAAGGUAGUUGACCCAAAAAAUCCUCUUUACCUUGAUGAUAGCUGCAGAGAAGAAACUAUAGACUGGGAGUUUGGAUUGGCCUCCUCAAAUGGUGCUUUGGCUACUAGAGAUAGAACCUCCAAGAACUUGGAGCAUACAGAAACAAUUGAUAAUGUUGUGCAAAUGACAGAAUUAGACCAUGGAGAUACCCCUGAGAGAGGAAGCAAGUUGAAUCCUGGUAAAAAGAAAGCUUUAAAGUAUAAGUUGGUUGAUCCUGAUGAGAUUAUUGAUCCAGCAUCAUUCAACGAUGAGUCUCUCCCUGGUGAAGAGGAGGAUGACAACACAAGUGAAGAUUCUGAAGCGUCAAGCGACUCAUCUUUACAACCUUAUGACUUGACAGAUGAUGACACUGAUCUUAAAAAGAGGAUCUCUCAGUUGGUGGAUGUCGCGGGGGCCCUUAGAAAACCUGACGACGCUGAUGGAGUGGAAAGUGCUCUUGAUGUUGCUGAAAAGCUUGUACGUGCAUCACCUGAUGAACUACGGCAUGUAGCCAGUGAUCUAGUGAGAACACUAGUACAAGUUCGUUGCGCUGAUAUAGUGUUAGAAGGAGAGGAAGAAUCAGCUGAAGAAAAAAGACAGAAGGCACUUGUCGCAUUGCUUGUGAUGUGUCCCUUUGAAUCUUUAACUGCUAUAAACAAGCUUUUAUAUUCUCCUCAUUUGGAUGUGAGCCAACGCAUCAUGAUUCUUGAUGUCAUGACAGAUGCAGCCCAGGAGCUUGCUAAAGCUAAAACCCUUGUCCAGAAAAGGCGGUCUAAACCUCUGAUAUCAUCCUCAUCUGAACCUCAACCCUGGUUCUUGCCAAGUAGCAAAGGGAUGCCUGGAGCUGGAUCUUGGAAAGAGAUUCCAGAUACACUUUCUUUCUCUCCAUUGAAUCUGACCAGCCGCUUUGAGAGAGAACUUCCUUCAAAACCUGGUGAAAUGAAAGGAAAAACACGACGAUGGGGUCAUAAACCAACAAAUUUGCAGGCUACUGAGAUCGACUGGUCCCAGAACAAAUUUCCUCUUUAUGCAGCAGCAUUUAUGCUUCCUGCAAUGCAAGGUUUUGAUAAGAAAAGUCAUGGAGUUGACUUGCUCGGAAGGGAUUUCCUCAUUUUGGGUAAACUUAUCUAUAUGCUUGGAGUCUGUAUCAGAUGCACUGCUCUUCAUCCAGAAGCAUCUGCCUUGGCUCCCCCACUUCUGGACAUGCUGAGCACAAGGGAGUUAUGCCAGCACAAGGAACCAUUUGUUAGAAGAUCGGUACUCUUUGCUGCAUCUUGCUCUCUAACGGCACUUCACCCUUCAUUCAUAGCAUCUGCAAUAAUUGAAGGGAAUGAGGAAGUUUGUAGAGGACUUGAAUGGGUUCGGACAUGGGCACUUCAAUUAGCCAAAUCAGACACUGAUAGAGAGUGUUGUACGAUGGCCAUGGCAUGUCUUCAGCUUCAUGCAGAGGUGUCUCUCCAAGCUUCCCGAGCUCUAGAAUCUGCUGAAAGUAGUACACAAAAGAGCAUCGGGCUUCCGUCUAAUCUGUCAAAGGGGGUUAUCAGAAUUCCUGGAUCAAACAGUUUAUUUCUUAGUUAAUUGGGUUUUGAUAUUGGUAAACCAUACAUUCUGUACAGUUAGGCCGUGUUGUAGUCGAUGAGAAUUUCUAUCACCCCCGAGCCCUGAUGUACUUAUCUGGAGGGACGCCCAAAUUUGUUCAUUUGAAGCUCCUUAAGUGAGUAUAAUUACUGUAAAUACAAAAAAAGAACAUUAAUUACUGUUAAAAGAAAGUGCAUAAGUGAGCCUUGGGGGUACGUAGGGUGUGUAAAGGAGGUGUUCACUACUGAUAGUCUGAUAUCCGCAACUAGCCGGCUAUGAGAAUUUACCCCGUAGUUUGCUACUAAAGAGGUGGUUAGAAGUUACUCAGAAGUAUUUUAUAGGUUAUUAGCCUGUUUCUUGGAAUAAUAUUGACAUACACAUUGUGAAACUGAUGGUAAAAUUGAUAUGUAGUCUUUUUUAUGGAA